AUGGAAAUGCAUCAAGACUCUACUUCUGAGAAAAGGGGGCAUAUCUGCCCGCCUUCAAACGCGACACAUCCUUCAGACCGAUGGGAGUCGCUCUUCGUGUACGGGUUCAUAUGCAAGUUCACUCAGCUACGAAGUAAAGUUGAAGGACUGGAUUCACCCAUGGACUUCGAGGAGGCAUUGCUGUCCAACGAGCCAAAUCCCGUCAUGACCCAGAUCCUCUCGCGAUUCGUGCUGAAUUUGAGACCACAGACGCGUAAUGUGAGUUCGGACGUGAUAUCGUCCACUGUAGUCACUGUCCUCCAGGACUACCUCAAGUCGUCAGAGAGGACCGUGUUUUGGGACGAGGAAUUGAAGACGAAUGUUGAUCCCUUUCAUGGGAUGGCCCAGGGCUUUUUUGCCGCUCACUGGGACCUAAAGCUGAAAGUACUGCGACAGCUUGUGGAAUUGCAGCUCAGUCAUAGCCCAGCAGUAAAGAACAUCAUAGACCGUGCGUGGGGUGUUGUUCACAACAAGCACAAGAAGACAGAAACUCCCGCCGUGCCACCACCACCCGGCGACCCUCUUAGUCAGGAAGCUCUGCAACUUAUCCCGCUUGGACAAGACACGGACCGCAAGCGUUACUGGGUCAUCGAUGACUCACCACGUCUAUAUCUGUCCACGAACCCAUGGAAGAUAACCGCCACCUUCCAGACGAUUGCAUCGACACGAGAAGAGUACAUGGCAAUCGUGGAUAAAGUCAAGGAAUCUGCCCCUUCAGAACCAAAGCCUGGCGAACGAAGGACAAAGUUAGAGCUGGCGCAUCUGGCCUUGCUCAAGGCUCUACAAGAUAGAAUGGAAGUCAUUGACGCAGAGUUAACGAGACUACAUCGAGCUCGUAGGAAGAUAGAGCAGCGUAACCUCCUCAUCGCACAAGCAGAGGUGCGCGAGACCCGAACUCGACGGCGGACAACACGUCCAGAUUAUGCUUAUAUGAAUGAUCCGAUCAGCGAGGAUGACCAAGACGAAUACACAUACCAAGAGCAAGAAGAUGACGAAUACGAAGACCAAAUGGAGUACGAUGAUUUGUCGGGCUACCGUGGCGAUCCUUCCACUAGUCGACGUGCUGCCGCCGGCGCAGGGCGACGACGCUCGACACGUACGUCCAAUGGUGACGGGAAGCGCACCGCUGAUGAAUGGGCCGAAUGGCGAGGCGAACGCCGCUCAACCAGGUUGGGUGCUCCAGCGGAAACUCAGCUCGACAACGCGCUUCCCACCAGGGCACGAACGGUAGACAGCACAGUUAGCACAAACUCGGCGGAGGGAACUCCAGCGCAGGCUCCGAGCGGUUUGAAGAUCAAAAUUCAUGGCGCCGCGGCGAUGAAACCCACCGAGACGGCAGUGGAGGUUGUUGCCGGAAAGAAGAAAAGCAAGUACUGGUACUACGCAGUGGAACCAGUGGCUGCAGUCGCCUCCGCUCCCCCACCUCCAAGUGAUUACGCGUCUACGUCAUAUCACGAUGCAGGAUCAUCAGCUACGAAUGGUUCACGGUACGGCGGGGGGUCAGAAACAUCGGAAGUCAACGGGCAUGACAAGAACGGAGACAUGGAGUUGUACGAGAAGAGUUUAGAAGGGAGUCUCUCGCCGGCAUCCAGCAUGGAUGAAUCAUGA